AAUGAAUAUCCCCUUAGUUUUAGGAUUUGCGCAAAUCAAAAAAAUGAAAAGCUUGCAAAAAUAUGUUCUUCCUCCCUGCACUUUAUUCUGUUCAAAAUGCUUUGAUGUUACCAAUAACGAGGCUUUCUUUGCUUUGUCCCUCUCUCUUUCUCUCUCCUCUUCCUUUACUUUCUCUCUCUACACUUGAUUCUACUACUACUAGUACUAAUAUUUUUGCGGCAUUGUCUUGUUUUAACCAUCAAGAUCUUCCGCAUCUUGCUUCCACGCAUUAAAGUCUGUUAAUUGCCUCUCUCUUUAUUUUUCCUGGCUCCAUAUUUUCCUUCACUUUCUCAACACUUCAACCAAGUAGAAAAUUACCCCCCCCCAAAAAAAAACCUCUCCUUUAUUAUUCUGGGUUUUUCAAGCUUCUUCUCAUUUCAUCAAUACCUUAAGAAAUGUUAGAGGGGAGAUUUGUACUUCUUAUAUUUCUACAUUUAUGAGAAAAAGAAAAUAAAAAAGUUGUUCUUUUUCAGAGGAGUGAAAGAGUGGGUGUAGUAGCUGAAGAAAGAACUGUAUGAAGAAGUGUUGAAACAAUGAGAGAUGGAAAACCCAAGAAAACCAAGCUUUCCUGGUCUAAAUCUUUGAUUAGGAAAUGGUUCAAUAUCAAGAGUAAGUGCGAGGAAAUUCCUGUUGUUGAUCUUCCUUUUGGAGGAGGUGAAGUUGAGUGGAGAAGCAGCUUCUCAGAGAGGGAGCCAUGUACUAUCAAGAAAAGCAAAACAGAGAAAUUCAACAUCAACUCUGAUCGGACUCGACUAGGCCGAGAAUAUCUGGAGCAUCCAAGGAUCAUAGAUGUCCAAAAUCAUAGUGUUUUUGUAGCAACAUGGAAUGUGGCUGGGAGAACUCCACCAAGUAACAUGAACCUUGAUGAUUGGCUUCAUGCUUCACCCGCUGCUGAUAUAUAUGUUCUUGGAUUUCAGGAAAUAGUGCCCUUAAAUCCAAGCAACAUAUUAGGUGCGGAAGAUAAUGGUCCCGCGAAGAAAUGGGUCUCUCUUAUCAGAAAGACAUUAAAUAACCGUCCUGGAAUAUGUGGAAGCAGUGGCAAUCAUACACCAUCCCCUGUUCCUAAUCCAAUUGUAGAAAUGAAUGCAGAUUUUGAAGGGUCCAGCCGCCAAAGAGCUGCAUCUUUCCUCCCUCGUCGAUCAUUUCAAGCCACAGGAAGUCGGAGGAUGGACAAUGACCCUUCCACGUCACAGCCCCGUCUUGAAAGGCGUUACAGUGUUUGUGACCGAGUCAUAUUUGGUCAUAGGCCAAGCAACUAUAGACCGAGUGAUUAUAGGCCGAGUGACUACAGGCCGAGCGAUUAUAGGCCCAGCGAUUAUAGGCCUAGUGACUAUAGGCCCAGUGAUUACAGACCAAGUGACUAUAGGCCUAGUGACUUCAGGCCAAGCGAUGUCAGGCCAAGUGAUUUCUCUAGAUGGGGUUCAUCUGAUGAUGAUUAUGGUCCAGGUGAUUCACCCAGUACGGUGCUUUUUUCACCGAUGUCGUGUGGUGGAUCCACUCAUAGUGAUAUUUACUACAGACAGCCGAAGCAAUCAAGGUACUGCUUGGUGGUAAGCAAGCAAAUGGUGGGCAUAUUUCUCACAGUGUGGGUCAGGAAAGAUUUAAGAGAACAUGUACGCAAUGUGAAGGUCUCUUGUGUUGGUAGAGGGUUGAUGGGUUACCUUGGAAAUAAGGGUUCCAUUUCAGUCAGCAUGUUGUUGCACCAGACCAGCUUCUGCUUUGUCUGUAGUCAUUUAACCUCAGGACAGAAAGAAGGCGAUGAACUACGCAGAAAUGCUGAUGUUAUGGAGAUCCUGAAGAAGACAAGGUUUCCACGUGUCAGUACCAUGGCUGAUGAGAAGUCCCCUGAAACGAUUGUUGAGCAUGAUCGAGUCAUUUGGCUUGGGGAUCUGAAUUAUCGGUUGACUCUCCCUUAUCGAUCAGUAAGGGCACUUGUUGAGAUGCAUAAUUGGAGGGCUUUGUUGGAGAGGGAUCAGCUGCGUACCGAACAAAGAAAAGGCCGUGUCUUUACUGAGUGGAAGGAGGGAAGUAUAUACUUCCCACCGACUUACAAAUAUUCUCACAACUCAGACAGAUAUGCAGGGGAUGAUCUUCACCCAAAGGAGAAAAGAAGAACACCUGCUUGGUGCGAUCGAAUUUUGUGGUACGGAAGUGGCCUCCACCAGUUGUCUUAUGUCCGCGCUGAGUCAAGGUUUUCUGAUCAUAGGCCAGUUUACGGUAUAUUUUGGGCCGAGGUGGAAUCCAUCCCUGCCAGAUUGAGAAGAAGCAUGAGUUGUUCUAGUUCCAGGAUCGAAGUUGCCGAUUUAUUACCAUAUUCGCAUGGUUACACCGAACUUUGCUUUUUCUGAGGAAUUGGGUAGAGGGCGCUUCAUCAUCAAAAUGAUCAAGCUCAGAGGUUUCUCCAUUACUACCAUUUUGGACAAUGUGCUGGCGGGUAAAUAGCUUUGAACAAACUCAAAUCCUUGACAUGAUGCAGACAUUUCCUUGCUCACACAUCGAAAAAGGUGUAAAUUUUGGAAUUUUGGUUACCUUAUAUUCUUAACAAGAUCUCCACUCAAAGUGUACAUAAAAGCAUGGGAUUAAUAUUCAAUAUGGAGAAAAAAGCUAACAAAGAACCAACAUGGACCAGUUUUUGCUGACUUGCAUAAUCAUUUAGGGUAUUUCUUUAUUUUAAUUUUUUUAAUUUUCUUUUUUUUUUUGGGUGAAUCUUUUUUUUGGAUGACAAUCAUUUAAGGGGGCCAAGAUUCCCCUUUUUUUAUUAGAAAAUUAGAGAAGUUUAGAGAUUUGAUUAGGCAUUGGUUGUGAAAGUGAUGAAAAAAGCAAUAGAAAUAUUAGCUACUACUACAUUGUUUAUGAUAGUGAUUUAAUUUUUAUAGAAAAAGUAUAUUAUAUAAAUAUAUAUACUGUGUUGCUAGCUAA